AUGGCCAAAAAGCGGUGUUCAUUAAAAAAUAAUCGUCCAAAUUCAAGUGGCGAAAAGCCUGUAAAACCGAAAAUUAAAAAACGAGCGAAAUUUGGUAUGAAAGCUAAUUCAACGUUCAAGAAGGGGAAUCAUAGCCUCAAUCCAGAUAGGGUUGCUACCGGGGAGCAUAUGAGAUCAAAAGCAACGAUAAAUCGGCUGAGGAUGUACAAGAAUUUCAAACCCGUUAGGAAUGUGAGAGGCAAAAUUAUAAAAGCUGCACCAUAUCAAGAAACAAUAUCAUCUGGAACAGUCGCUCGGGUUGAACCAAAUAGGAAAUGGUUUGGUAAUACUCGAGUAAUUGGUCAGGAGCAGCUGCAGAAAUUCCAAGAAAAUUUGGGUAAAAUUAUCAGCGAUCCUUUUCAAGUUGUGAUGCGACAAACCAAAUUACCGAUUUCUCUUCUGCAAGAAAAAUCAAAGAAACAACGCGUCCAUCUUCUUGAUACGGAGAGUUUUGCUUAUACAUUCGGAAAAAAGGCACUAAAGAAACGACCUACUAUAAAAAUUGAAGAUCUACAGGUGUUACGGGAUGAUGCUGAAAAAAGAACUGAAAAUUAUGAUGAGUCAUGUGAUAAAAAUCUUGCUGUGGAAGAGGAUCCUGAACGAACGGAGAAUGCAAAUCCUCUUUUUAGGGCUGGUCAGAGUCAUCGCGUAUGGGGCGAAUUAUACAAGGUUGUGGACUCAUCUGAUGUUAUAAUAGAAGUGAUAGAUGCACGAAAUCCGAUGGGAACCAGAUGUCGUCAUGUGGAAGAAUUUUUGAGGAAAGAAAAAGCACAUAAGCAUUUAAUACUUGUGAUAAAUAAAAAAAAAUGGAUCGAAAUUCUUUCUAAAGAACUUCCUACUGUUGCUUUCCAUGCAUCCAUACAACAUUCUUUUGGAAAAAAAGCCAUUAUUGAUUUACUUCGCCAGUUUGCGCGUUUGCAUAAAGAAAGGCAACAAAUUAGUGUCGGUUUCAUUGGGUAUCCCAACGUUGGUAAAUCAUCUAUUAUAAAUACUCUUCGUGCUAAGCGUGUUUGUAAAACAGCACCAAUUGCUGGAGAAACGAAAGUAUGGCAAUACGUCAUGCUGAUGCGGAGAAUAUAUUUAAUCGAUUGUCCAGGUGUCGUUUAUCCUCAGGGUGAUACAGAAACUGAAACGAUUUUAAAAGGAGUAGUUCGGGUAGAAAAUGUAAAAGAUCCUGCGAAUCACAUUCAAGGAGUAUUGGAUCGCGUCAAAGCUGAGCAUUUGCAAAAAACCUAUGAAAUUGAAGAAUGGAAUGGUGUUGAAGAUUUUCUCAUAAAACUUUGCAUUAAGAUGGGUCGACUGUUAAAGGGUGGAGAACCAGAUUUAAAUUCUGUUGCAAAAAUUGUAUUAAAUGAUUUUCAAAGGGGUCGAUUACCCUAUUUUGUUCUUCCUUCUGGAAUGGAAAUGAAAGCAGAUGAAGAAAGCGAUAGUCCUAUGGUCCCUGUUGAUAAUGAAAUUGAUCAAAAAGCAAUUAGUCUUGGAGAUGCAGAAUCAAACUGUGAUAAAGAAGAGGAGUUAGCUGAGAUAAAUUCAAGUGAUGAUGAAGGAUCGUUAACUGAUGUCGGGUCAACUUGUAGCGGUUUAACAGAUAUUUCGGGGAUGUCCGAUUUGGAUGAUAUAAAAGCGCGAGAUCUUCGUGAUUAUGCCAUAGAUUUUGGUGCUCCUCUUGUAGAUCAACAAAAGGUUCAACUAAAAAAAAAGAGAAUUCGGCCACGUGGGAAGCGUGCUGGUAAAAAAUUAACAGAAAAAAGAAAUAGGUUAAAAAAACAAAACAAUAAUAAGCCACCGAUUUUAAAUACUGUCGAAUUUGGCAAGAAGGUAGAGAAGGAAAAGAAUAUGUGGUAUAAAAAGCUCGAAAAGAGGCGAAAAAUAAAACAUCAGUUAUGA